UUGAACAUGCGUAAAACGCGCAGGUGAAAAACAAAACAGAAAUUAAGUUCUUAGCUGCUGCAACUUUUCGACACUAGAUUACGCAGAUUCGGAGAAGAUUUAUUUGUUUGCUUUAGCUCCAAUUAACAGAUAUACUUUUGAAAUUUUGAGAGAUGUCUCGCAAGAAGGCUACCAAAGGCAAAGCCGCAACCAGCAGCCCGUCUGCAGCCAGCCCCACCGGGAAAGGGACCGUGAAAGCUGCGAGGAGCAGCCCGGGUUUUGUUCAGAUGAACGGUGUGGUCCAUCCCAGCAGACCCUCCAUCAGCAACAGCAGCGAGUUUUAUGACAUCGCUUUCAAGGUGAUGCUAGUUGGAGACUCUGGUGUAGGAAAAACCUGUCUGCUGGUGCGUUUCAAAGAUGGAGCAUUCUUGGCCGGCAGUUUCAUCUCCACUGUGGGCAUUGACUUCAGGAAUAAAGUCCUGAACAUUGAUGGAGUCAAGGUGAAGCUCCAGAUCUGGGACACAGCUGGACAGGAGCGGUUCCGCAGUGUCACUCAUGCCUACUACCGUGACGCCCAUGCUCUGCUUCUGUUGUAUGAUGUCACCAACAAAACAUCAUUUGACAACAUACAGGCAUGGCUGACUGAGAUCCAUGAGUACGCCCAACAGGAUGUGGUGCUCAUGCUGCUUGGAAACAAGGCUGAUGCCAGUCAUGAGAGGGUGGUGAAGAGAGAGGAUGGCGAGAGGCUUGCUAAGGAGUUUGGAGUUCCCUUCAUGGAGACGAGUGCCAGGUCAGGUCUCAAUGUAGAGCUGGCUUUCACUGCUGUGGCCAAGGAAUUGAAACGCCGGUCUAUGAAGGAUCCCAGUGAGAACUUUAAACUACAGGAGUACGUAAACAAGGAGAUGAAGGGCACCGGCUGCUGCAGGUCUUAAAGCCUG